AUGCCGAGGCUUGUGCAGGAAAGUCCCUCCGUUGCGAGAAAGGACAAAGAAUAUGUUUUCCCGACCUACUCUCUGCGAGCGAGAGGUCUAAGCCCGCCCUAUUGCAUUGUGUUACUCUGGGAACGCAUGUUACAGAGCUAUUUUAGUUUUUCUCAGAGUGGGGCACCCUCGUUUGUGAUUGACGGCCUUGAGCAAUACAAGUGGAAUCAAUUGUGCUAUUCUAAUUUUGCCAUCAAAGACAGUCUGUGGUGUUCUGGGUUUAAUGAUAAAAAUGGUGUCGAGGCGCUUAUAUUUCAUUUUUAUUAUCUUAAUGAAGACUUUGACACGUUUUCCUGGAUUAUCGCCUUUUGCCUCAUAGACAGACUUCAGCUCAUGCAUUAUGUCCAUUACAGUCUCCGUGAUGUAGGCGUUUGCGAAUCCACAAACGGAAAUAAUGAUAUGUUCCGUUUAUCAACCAGUUAUCUCAUUCAUACUUUGUUUAUUAUGUACUCCUUGGCCUCUAAGUGCCACCUUGAAUAUCACGUCUCGCUUAACUUCUUGUCAUUUUCACUCCCACUUCCUGGUAUCCAAAGGCGUAGAAUUCUUCGCGUAUCUGCCCGGUUUGAGAGAUACCUUUUACAAAGUCUGAACUACAACUGCUACGUCAGUGAAAACCAAGUAAAUCAGCUCCUUGACGAGUUUCUAACUUUAUCCGAGCGGAAAUGCAUCUUUGAAAGCGGUACGCGCUGA